AUGGCUUGGGCAGGUGUACUCUGCCGGGUCAGAACCUGGCUGGAUGGCCAGGCCCAGAUAGUGGUGGUGAAUGGAGUUCAAUCCAGCUGGCGGUGGACGCUAGCGGUGUUCCCCAGGGGGUCAGCGUUUGGUCCGGUCCUGAUUUAUAUUUUGAUUGAUGAUCUGGACGAGGGGAUUGAGCGCACCCUCAGCAAGUUUGCAGGCCACACCAUGUUGGGAGGAAGGCUUGAUCUGCCUGAGGGUAGGAAGGCCCUACACAGGGAUCCGGAUAGGCUGGAUCGCUGGGCCGAGGCCAAUUGCAGGAGCAUCUACGAGACCAAACGCCGGGUCCUGCACUUUGGUCACAACAACCCCAUGCAACGCAACAGGCUCGGGGCAGAGAGGCUGGAAAGCUGCGCGGAGGAAACGGAUCUGGAGGCAUUAGUCAACAGCCACCUGAACAUGAGCCAGGAGCGUGCCCAGGGGCCCAAGAAGGCCAACGGCAUCCUGGCUUGGAUCAGAAAUCAUGUAGUCAGCAGGACUAGGGAGGUGAUCAUCCCUCUGUACUCGGCGCUGGUGAGGCUGCUCCUCGAGUACUGCGUUCAGCUUUGGGCUCCUCACUACAAGAAAGACGUUGAGGUUCUGGAGCGUGGCCAGAGGAGGGCAACAAAGCUGGUGAAGGGACUGGAGCACAAGACCUAUGGGUAGCAGCUGAGGGAACUGGGAUUGUUUCGUCCAGAGGAGGGGAGGCUCAGGGGAGAGAGGCCUUAUCGCCUCUUUACAACUACCCGAAAGGUGCUUGUAGCGUGGUGGGGGUUGGCCGCUUCUCCCACGUAACCAGCGACGGGACAAGAGGUAACGGCCUUGCGCUGCGCCGGGGGGAGCUUCAGGUUGGAUAUUCAGAAAAACGUAACAAGUUGUCUUAUUCCGCUUCUUCAAACGGUUUAAUUCAGAGUCAUUCACAGCUGCGAUCGUCAGUCCCGCAAGCGGAUCUACUGCUGACAAAUCGAGAUUCUCUGAGGAACGGCCGCACAAUAAUUUCAUUUAGCAAGUUUCAAGUAUUUAAUUUUUAAUGCAAAUAUUUAUUAGCAUUUUGAAACUCCCCCCACUCCAGUAAGCCUUGAAUGCAAUUGCAAUUCAACAAAGACUCAAGCAAAGCCAGAGGCCUAACAAAGCGCGAGAGGUGAUUACAUGUAAAAGCCUUACGGUGCCUGUAGCUACUCCUCCUUCUGGUUACGGAACAAUACUUCUUUUUUUUUUUUUUUUUUUUUUUUAAUGUUUUGUUCAUAUUAAAAAAAGAGAAAUGGAGAAGGGCAGCUGAGUCUCAAAGACAGCA